CUUCCCAACCACCAAACGGGCGAAACAGGCAGCGAAAGUGUCUGAACACCGGCAGUUGCCUGGACGAAUCCCUUUUGCAAGAGGAGCUCACUUGAAAACUGGCAAAGGCAACUCGAGUUCAUUGGCUACAUUGCAAAGUGGACCCAGGCGCAACUUUUCAGGAUAGCAUCAACACCAUCAACGAACCUGCACAGUUCGUCUCUUUCGCUGCUCAAACGAUGCACAUCGCGGACAAGAUCGGCUUCCGCAAUCGCGUGUAAACUUGGCUCGACUGUUGCUCUCUCGCCUACCCGAUCAGCUUGACUGCUAUUCGUCAGCUAUGGCUACUACUCUUGCUACAAGACCUCGAAGCAGAGCUUAUAGGCCGAAGACUAGAACAGGAUGCAAAACGUGCAAGAUCCGCAGAAUAAAAUGUGACGAAACCAAGCCACAUUGCAAACGAUGUACUACCACAGGCCGCGCGUGUGAUGGCUACGAUCCUGGCUUCGUCCCUACACGGACGUCCCCGCCUACAAGAACACCUUCCACGUCUCCACCCUUAUUGACUCUUGGUCAAGACAUUGUCGACUUUGCCUUAGAGAUUCGCUCCUUCGACGCACCAUCUUUUCUUGUGCCAUUACUGCGCCUUGAAUCAGACGAUGAACGUAUCAACCUCCAGUUCUACAUCAAACACGCUGGCCCGGCUUUAGCCCGAAGCUCUAAUUCAGCGUUCUGGCAGCGUCAAGUCCUGCAAGCUGCUCAUCAAUAUGCCUCGAUUCAGCACUGCGUCAUUGCUCUCGGCGCAAUGUACAGGAGAUUUUUCGAAUGCACAUCGUCACAUAUUGGAAAAGAUGUUUCGAACCAGCAGUUCCAGUUCGCACUGAGCCAGUCAAACAAGGCCAUACAGCGACUAGUAAGAGACCAAAUCGAGAACAGUAGGACUGGUGUGGUGGACAAGCUGACAGCCAUGACUUGCUGUGUCCUGUUUGGCAGCAUGGCCAACCUCCAGGGUCAGCAACAAGCCGCGCUCGACCAUCUACGGAGCGGUAUACGCAUGCUGAAAGAGACAAAGCUCCAGAGCUAUGACGACAGGAACAGUCACCCCGUCAACAUCAACUCGCUACGAUCGAUCUUCACUGGCCUGGACAUCCAAGCACGGAGCAGCAUAAACUGGUCGGACAUCCAGAACUGGGAGCCCGUCGUCCCAACAAUGCAAGCGUCAGAACCUGCAGAUAUAGACGUCAGCUCACCAUGGGCACUUUCCGAGCUACACUGCCGCAUCGAGACUCUCCUCAACGAUACCCUCGCUUUCAACCGCGGCUGCGUAGUCCGCCCCUUCACCGACCGAGAGAACAUACAAUACGAGCACGACUCCCUCAUCACCCGCUUCCAGCGCAUCUCCCACACCCUCGACACCCUCCGCGCUACUUCACUCAGCAUCAACCUACCACUCCAAAACUCCUCCAAAACAAUCCUUCUCCACGCACAAACACACCAUUGGCUGCGCUCCUCCGUCGCCCCUCUAAACCGCCACUUCAACGUCACCAGCCCGCUCUCUGCCACUCCCUACGAUGCAGCCGAGCAUUUCACCUCCAUGAUGCCGCACAUCACACAUCUCCUCUCACUUACGCCCCCGUCCACACCCGUCUACUCAGCCGCCCCUGGCCCACUCUCCGCACUCUGGCUGAUCGGCACCAGCGCACCUUCAUCGUGUGUUGCGCUUCGCAAGAAUGCGCUUGAGGUUAUGCUGAAGCAUCCGAGGCGGGAGGGGUUGUUUGAUGGGCGAUUGGCGGGGAGGAUAGGGAUGGUGGCUUGGGAAUUGGAGCAGGGCGCUGCGCGGAAGGAGAUGGGUUUGGAUAAGCAUGUGGAAGGGGAGGGGGACUUAGAAGUCCCGGAGCAUGCGAGGAUUGUGUUUAUGGAUGUUGAACUCUAUAGAGGCAACUAUGCUGAUAGGAGAACAACGCAGCUAGAUUGUGAAAGGCUAGGCGUUCUUCGGGAUUGUGGUCUCAGCGUUGCAGUGAAGUUGUGGGGUCAAAGGAGCAGCCUAGAGGUAGUCAGACUAUUGGCACCACGGAGCCUCCCCGCCGCCCUGGCCGCGCCAGCCGCGCCCGCGCAUUCUCAGCUCGCGAGCAAGGCAGACAAGGCUGAGCAUGACAUGGUGCUCGACAACUUCACCAAAAGCACUACUAACGUCAACAAUCAGUUUGCUACUCCUACUGCUCUCGUGGCCUUCGAAGAUGUAGAUUCAAGAUCUUGGUGCAAAGCGCGCCAUCACAUGGUUCGUAUUGCUGCAACCGUUUCGUCACCGUUGGAUCUGCUGAAGACCUCCUAG